AUGGCUUCAAGAAUCGACGAUCUGGCCAAGAUAGAUGCCUCCAAAGAAACCUGGACAAUUGUUGCGAAGGUCAAUCAUCUAUGGCUAAGUCCGAGCCUAUAUGGCUCAAAGAUACCCUUUUCAAUGGAUAUGAUACUUAUGGAUGACAAGGGCUGCAAGAUUCAUGCUAUUGUUAGGAAGACUUUGAUUUAUCGAUUUCAGUCUUUGCUAACUGAAGGAAAAGUAUACCAGAUUUCCUACUUCGGUGUUGGCGAAAGCGGACGUGAUUUUCGCCCAACCGAGCAUCCAUUCAAGAUCAACUUUGAUAUUCAGACUUCUGUACGCCUGCUACCUAACAAGGCUAUCAACAUAACACCGUACUCUUUUGUUCCACUUGCUGACAUAAUGUAUAAGGACCUUGAUACAUCAUUCCUUAUAGGUGGAGAACAAGAGUUUGAAAAAGAUGGUACUAAACAGAAGAUGAUAACAAUAGAGCUUGACCAAGAUGGGGUUCGGGUUGAAUGUGCAUUUUUCGGGAAAUACGUUUCUGAAGUCAGUGGUUAUCUUUCAUCUGUUGAUGCAACCAAUGCUGUCGUGGUUGUACAAUGUUGUAAGAUCAAGCCAUUUAAAGGUAAGACUAGCAUCCAAAAUGUUUAUGGUGGUACUAGGGUUCUUUUUAAUCCUCUGAUUCAAGAAGUUGGCCCUCUCCGUGCUCGUAUAAAUAAAAGUCAAGCAGCUUAUUGGUCAUCUAACUUGAAGGAUAAUUAUGUUGCUAUAAGGUAA